UUUCGAAGUGAGGGAGGAAAAGGAGGGGAGGUGAAGGAAAAUUAGUAGGGGAGGGGAGAUUUGGAGGUGAGGGAAAUUGGAGGGAAUUGGAAAGAAAAUGUUGUUUUAUGGAGGAAAGUGGAGGGAAAGGUAAGAGAUAAAAGUAAAUUGGAAAGAGUGAUAGAUAUUGUUUUUUAUUGAUGAUGUAAGAGUUAAAUAAUUAACUUGUGUUUAUACUAAAAUGGAGGAGAGAUGAGAGAAGGCAAAUAAAUAAAUAAAAAAAUUUUGUUGGUUAAUUGUUGUUUUCUCUCCAAAAUGUAGGGUAGAGUUACAGAGUAACAUGUCCUCCACUUUCCUUCAUCUUGUCACAGUUACUAAUUUCGGAAACUAUGGAAAGAUUCUUGGAGAUGGUGCUUUCCUUCCUUUUCUUUCUCUCCCCUCCUUUUUCUUUUCCACAUGAACAUAGUGUUAAAAAGAAGUAAAGAACAAGAAGCACAGAAAGACUAACAAAAGGAAGAAAAAAGAGACCAAGAGGUGGUACUCAAAAAACGACAUCAUAAUUCAUUAAAAAAAACGACAUCGUAUUGGAGUGUGCUUGGGGACAAAAGCUAAAGUGUCAAGCACCCUUUAAAAAGGACAUAAGAUAUGAUAAAGCUAAAUUGUUAGAUACUUCGUUAAAUCAAUCAUGGACAAAUAUAACAAUCUGAUCCAUAUUUGAAAAUAGAAAAAUAGAAAACAACUCAAUCAUAAAAUGAAAGAUAAUACCCAAAAAGAAAUGACAUGUGUAGAUCACACCUAGAGUCUACAACAUGCAUAUUCAUGCACUUAGUAAGCAAAUACAAGUUGAAUUAGUGUGGUAUAACAAUAUCAUAUUUUUGGUGUCAUCAUGGUGGAAGAACAAAUAAUUGAAAAAUAGUACCACUAUAUUAUUUUAUGGUAAGGUAUUUUGUGGUAAGAUAGUGUUUCAACAAUUUCAUACUGCUAAAAUACCAUUUUGAAAUAAAAUAAUAUAAUUUUGUUAAAAUACCGUACCGAAAAAAUAUAUUAUCAUACUAGAAUUACACAGGAUAGCAAUGAGUUACUAACUAACUAAACAUGAGGAACUAAGGCACUAAAGAAGAUUUGAAUAAAACUUACAACUUCACCAUUUAAUAUGAAAAUUAAGCCUAACUAAACCCAAUUUCAAAGUGUAAACAUUACUUGUUAUCCCAACUUGUGAAUCCAUUAUCCCUACAUACCUAGAUCCGCAAUCUAAUGCAUAUAUCGGCUGAAAGAAAACAUUUCUCCCCUCAAGUUAACUUGUCUCUCUUGUCCCUUCGCAAGUCACAACAAUACAAGAAAAUCUCCAACAUCGUUGUUUAUCGGCAUCACUAGGACGAAUCCAAACCAUUGAGAGAGAGAGCGCGAGAGAGAUCUUGUUCAAUAGGGAUGCGAAUUUAAAGAAUUAGGGGUUGUGUUGGAGAGGAGGGCUCUGCUUGAUUUUCAUUUUUUUCGGCUAACUUAAUCUCAAAAUGAGGUCGUUUUGAGGUUGGAAAAAUUUUGUAAAUUUUUUGAGUGGUUUGACAUGAUUAAAACCUUUCAGAAUACCACAGCUCAUAGGUUCAACCUCUAAACAUCACUGACACAAGUUUUUUACAAUUGUUGCUUGUACCAUUCCAUAUUUGGCUUCAGUAUAGAUAUUUGCGAUUCAAGCGCCAAUACGGUACGAUUUUUUUAUUCUUAGGAAGAACACAAGGCAAAAAUGGUUGUUGGAAAGCUAGAGGCGAUUUGGAAGGAGUGUCGGGGUGAGCAAGGUUGCCUUAGUAUAGUCAUCCAGGUCAUGGACGGGAGAGUCUUCUUCAAAAUGACCCUCUGCCUAUUAACAAGUUGGCUUAAUUGAGAGCCUAACUCGUUUUCAAGGAAGAAGCGAUGUCACUAUUGUUUAAACCCUACCCAGCUCUAAUUGGAAUAUUGACAUCUGUGCAUGUAGUGAUGGAUGAAAUUUCUAAAUAUGUCUAGGGUUAUACUCCAUAAACUAUUCUAAUAAUAAUUAUUCAUUUUAUUCUUAAACAAAGACACGACAAUUACGAACAUCGAUGGGUUUAGGUUUCCUAUAUUUUGUUGGCUUUCAAAUAUAGAUAAAUAAAGUAAUAACAAGAUAAGUAAAGAUACACAAUUGAUAAGAAAGUUUAUUCUAAACGAACAUACAUUUCAAUCUCAAUAAUGAUAUGCAUCGAUGUAUCCUCUAUCCUGUUACCAUAUCCCUUCCAUUGAAGCAUUCCUAAUCGAGCUUUCGCCAAAUGCAAAAGGAACUACCACUAGCAAAUGCGUGCUUUCUCUUUGUGGCAUUAACUAAUCUAUCAAAGAAGAAAGUAAGGAUAGCUAUUAACUAUUUAGGGCCUCUGUGAACCAUAACAAUGGUCUAUAACAUUGAUUAUCUAGGGUAUCAACUAUCAAGCAUUAAACUCAUACAAGCAUGGAUAGUAGAUCAUUCCACUCCAUACAUGUAAGACAAUAACACAUCACAUAAAAGCAGUUUUCUAACAACUUAUCAUGUCAUUAUAAACAACAUCAUAGUAGCACAUAGUAGAUUAUGUAAGCAUAACUUAAUAUAGCCAUCCAAUGGUAUAAGAAUCUAAUGACACAAGCAUCAAAUGAUUAAAGUAUCGAAUGAUUAAAACAUCUAAUGAUAUAAGCAUCUCAUAAAAUCAUAAAGAGAAGAUGCAUAAAGCAUCAAGAGAAUUCACAUCCAUAACAAUAAAUUUGAACUAGUUGAAUACAUAAGAGAGAAUGAUGGUACCACCAUCGUUUGAUGAAUGCAUCUCCUUAGAUUCACUUCUCAUAUGGAUGCUAUUUUGCUCCCUGCUCGAGUUUUCGCAGGGUAAAAGUGUGUAAAUUUCACAACUCCCUAUUCAUAUAGCCAGACGCUUUUAUUUAUAGUACAUAGGAGAAGGGUUUUUUAUGCUUUUCCUCCUAAACAUUGCCGAAAAACUUCCUUGUAUGAUUAGGACUCGGAUUCUCUGACUUGAGGAUGAAGAAAGAAAUAGUUUAGAAGAUCACAUUGCACAUAGACUUAGCGGCGACCUCCUAGAGGUCACCACCAUGCGGGUUUUUUGGCCUACAAGUAAUAUUUCUGUGGAUUUCAAGCACGGCUUGUUGGGUUAGGUCUGGUAGCGGCCCAACGGCGGUUGGACCCAUCACAGAUUCUUUCUUUUGGUGGACUAAAACUUCUCCACGGAAUCCUUUUGGGCUCAUAUGAAGACUUCUUCUAUAUGAAAUCCUUUUGAUCUUAUAGUUAUGAAAUCUAUACAACGCUACUCACAAUCAUACAACUCAAUGAAUACUAAGAUCUAAGAAUAAUCACUCAACCGUUGAUCUUCGGUAUUGGAUCAUAAGUGAACUUACAAAGUCAACAAUAGCAUGAGAGAGCUCUACCUACACAACAUGUAACUCAAUUAUGAACAACUAAUCAUACACAAGUCUCAAAACUAGGGGUGGGAUUCGGUCGGUAAACGGUAAAUUGUUUACCGAAUUUACCGGUUUCGGUAUACCGACGUUGGCCAAAUUGGUUACCGAUUACCGAUACCAGUUUGUAACCGGUUUACCGAUUACCGAAUUACCGGUAAACGGUUACAAACCGGUAUUACCAAAAUACCAUGAGAAGCGACGUCAAAUUCAAAAAAUAUUAGCAUUCAACACACAGCAGGAAACUAAUUCGGCAAUGCUUACCUCCAUGCGACCAGGCUCCAAGGACGGCAGACGGCAGGAGGCGAGGAGGGCAGGACGACGAGGAGAUGGCGGGGCGGCCUGGCGGGGGCGGGGAAGCCGGAAUGUGGCGGAGCCGCGGAGGAGGACUGGGAAGGGCUGGCGACUGCGUCGCGCGUCGGCGACAGUUGGGAGAGACGAGAGUCGGGGAUGGCUGGGGAAGCGCGCUUGUCGUCGCCAUCGCUCGACGGUCGUCGCCGCCAACAGAAGGAGAGGGAGACGAGAAGAGGAGAGCUGGAGAACCUGGGCUGCGCAGCGGGUCUCGAAAAAACGAGGUCGGGGGCAGCGGGUUUUGUUCGAUAACCAGCUCGGCGGCAGGGUUCCCGAUACUAUAGGGAAGUUGAAGAGCCUGGAAGUGAUUCGAGUCGGUGGGAAUAAGAAUCUGGAAGGAUCGAUUCCUUUGUAGAUUGGGGAUUGUGAUAAUCUGACCGUGCUUGAGGAGGGGGGAUUUCGGUAUCGAUAAUACCGAUUUACCGUCGGUAUUUACCGAUACCAUAUUCGGUAAACCAACCCCAUCGUCUCCACCCCGUAUGAGCUACGAGAUCACCCCAAGGACGCCUUCGGCAUCCAGGGGUCGCGGACCGACCAUAGUACCUGUUCAAUAAAUAAAUGGAAUGCAUUAGUUGUCCGCUCUCAGGUUGGGCAGUAAGGGUCGGAGAAGGGCAAUUACUCAUUCUUAAAACCAGUAUUCUUAAGACCAUAGAGUGGGGAGGAAAACUGUUAGCUAGUGUAUAUCAUCUUACGAGAAUAGAGUAUGGUAUAGAUCAACCAGAAGAAGUAUGUAUAAAAGUAUUUGCCCCAAGGAAGAAGCCCAGAAUUCCAUCUGUUUUCUGGGUUUGGAAAAGCGCGGAUUUUCAAGAAAGGGAAUCUUAUGAU